CCUGGCUGGAUCACGGCUCACAUAAAAGACAAACACCGAAUCAGAAGGAUCCUCAUUUAUUCUCUUUGUCAUCGAGAUGUUUGACGUCUGCAGAAACAGGAAGAGAACAGAGACAGAAGUCAAUGAGAUAGAGGAGAUUUAGACCAAUUAACAGCUUAAUUACGAGUCUUUUUUUUCUUACAAGAGCUUCGUUUUAUUUUAUUUUUGACUUUUUUGUGUUCACUUUAAUCUUAGAAUUACCUUUGAGACUGUCCGAUACAAAUCUGUACACUGUAAAAAAUCACUUAGGUUAUUUUUGACAGGUUUUUGUUGUAUUUUUGUGUUUUCCAUCCACACACUGCCAAGAUGUGGUCGUGUAUGAAGAACUUCUUCACUUAUGAAACGACAAAGUCGGUGGUUGUGAAAAGCUGGACUAUCGGCAUCAUCAACCGGAUUGUUCAACUUAUCAUCAUUUCUUACUUUAUUGGUUGGGUGUUUAUCUGGGAAAAGGCCUACCAGGUGAGAGACACAGCUAUAGAGUCGUCAGUCAUGACAAAGGUCAAAGGCUUUGGAAACUACAACAACAGAGUCAUGGACGUUGCAGACUACGUCACUCCUACGCAGGGAGGUUCUGUCUUUUGCAUCAUCACCAAAAUGAUUACAACAGAGAACCAAGUGCAAGGAUACUGUCCUGAGACUGAGAAAUACAACUGUACCAAAGACAGUGACUGCACAAAAUAUCGUCACAGACCAGGAGGAUAUGGAAUCUUCACAGGAAACUGCGUCCCUUUCAAGACCAACAUCUCAAUGUGUGAGAUUAAAGGAUGGUGUCCUGCAGAGAUCGACACCAUAAAGACAGAACCCAUGAAUGAUGUGGAGAACUUCACAAUCUUCAUAAAGAACAGCAUCCGUUUCCCAACUUUUAACUACACCAAAGGGAACUUCCUUCCAUCAAUAACUAAUGAAUACAUCAAAACGUGUAACUUUAACAAAGAAAAGGACAUCUACUGCCCUAUCUUCAAAGUGGGGGACAUUCUUAAAAAUGCAGAGCAAAACUUCACUCAGCUGGCAGACACGGUAAAAACAGCAAUUGCAUUUUUUUAAUAGGGGUUAAAUUAAA